UGGCUUUUGGUUUGCUGGAGGAGGAGUGAGAGAAAAGCUGGCAGGAGAAUUUCGAUAUGUUAUUGUUGCUGUUGUUUUUGUCUGCGUAGUAACGGGCACUUAUGUGUAUGUCUGUGCAUGCUUGCAUGCGAUCUCUGCAUUUGUGUCCGUCUCCCCCAUUCCUCCCUUAUCCAUCCAUGCACAGCAUGAUAUAAACAAACCUGCCUCUGGACAUGUCAUGGCUUAAAAUAGAUGUUCAUACAUCAGCCUUUCUACAGCAGCAGCGGCAGCAGCAGGAAGACAUGGCCGACUGGAUCUGACUACAACACUCACUUUGAGCCGAAAAAUCACAGCUCUCACAAAGGACCGUGGGUGGCAGCAGCAGCAGAAGCGACCUCCAGGCCGCUCUCCGGCCUUCACGAACCCACAGGUAUGCCUUGUGGGUCUCAGCAGCUCCAAUGGCUUUCCUGUCGAGGUUCUCCAGGAAUGGCACGAGGUCACCAAGCCGCAGCUCACGGGAAGAGCGUAACAACCAUCCCAUCCUCAGCGUCUUUGAGCUUGAAAGGUUGCUGUACACGGGAAAAACAGCCUGUAAUCAUGCUGAUGAGGUCUGGCCAGGACUCUACCUGGGAGAUCAAGAUAUAGCGGCCAACCGGCGAGAGCUGGCUCACCUGCGCAUCACCCACAUCCUCAACGCCUCGCACAGCAAGUGGAGGGGGGGUGCUGAGUACUACGAGGGCACAGGCAUCCGCUACCUGGGCAUCGAGGCCCAUGACUCACCUUCCUUUGACAUGAGCCCCUACUUUUAUCCUGCAGCUGACUUCAUCCACCAAGCACUGAAUGAAGGAAGGAUCCUUGUGCACUGUGCUGUCGGGGUGAGCAGGUCGGCCACCUUGGUCCUCGCCUACCUCAUGAUCCGCCACCACAUGCCCCUUGUAGAAGCCAUAAAGACGGUCAAGGACCACCGCGGUAUCAUCCCCAACCGGGGUUUCUUGCGCCAGCUGGUCGCCCUGGACAAUGCCCUGAGGCUGAAGAGGAGUGCAUGAAGGAGGACGAGAGGGGUUGUGCGGUGGGACCAUUGUGUGUGCGGUGCUCAGCUGACCCCGAUGCUCGCUGAGUGGCAGAGAUAGGGCUUUCCUCACGGUGCAGAUGCUUGGCAGCUAAUGCGUUACACGCAAUUGGCCCCUGGGCCUCCCCCUCUGCUAAGGGGGUCCCCAGACAUGCGAGCUAUUCCUAGUGGUAAAGCAUAGGCCCUCAACCUGCAAUCUUGCCACCUAGGUAGGCGUAACAUAUAGCCUCCUUCCCAGCCUGCUCGCUCCAAGAUGCCUCCAGAGGGACUCGGCCCCAUGUUUCAGGUUAUUCUAUCCCUGUUGGCUCCAGGAAGCCUUCAAGGCUUUGUUAUCCCACAUGGCAGGUGCGUUGCCAAGCCAGUCCUGUCCCUCCCUCCCAAGAGACUGAAGCUCUGUGUUCCUUGUCUUGUUUCCCAUUCGUUUUUGGUCUGUGUAGCAAUGUGAAUUAGGUCUGGUGUGUGGGCUCAGGCAAACAGGCCUUUUGUCGUAGUGUUUGGAUGUCCUCCAUGCCUAGUGUUAACGUGUAAAAAUAAAGACAGUGCUAAGGAAAAA